AGCAUGGAGGGGUUUACCGGUGUUUACUACGAAGGAACAUCAGAAAUGUUUAGCGGUUGUGUGUAGAAGAAGUAAGAAAAUGUUAAUAAAUAUCAUUGUUUUUGAGAUUAUAUUUUCCAUUUCAAGCAAUGAAGUGCGUAGUUCCUGGGUUGAAUGUAAAAGUUCUAGCACGUGCAAUCCAUGCCCUUUGUCGUAUUGGAGAUGAACUUUAUGUAGAACCAGAACCAGCAAGACUUUCAUUUAGAGCUGUCAGUACCUCGAAGUCGGCAUAUGCAUCAUUCACAUUUUCUGAGAGCUUUUUCUCAUAUUAUAAUUAUGAGCAAACAAAAAGCCAAGAAGAGGAUAUUACAUGUAAAGUGUCAAUGAAGUCAUGUAUGGCUGUUUUCCGUUCCCCAAGCCAUUUAUACAAACAAGUAGAAUCCUGCCAAAUCCGACUGGAGCCAGAUGGUGUUAAGUUGAUCUUUGAAUUUCAUUGUCAUCAUGGAAUUAUCAAGACACAUUACCUGCCUAUCAUUGAGUGUGAAACUUUGGAAGCAGUGUACAGCAAAGAUAUGGUACCAAAUCAGUUGGUGGUACAACCAAAAUUAUUAACAUUUGCUCUUAUGAAUUUCCAAGCAAACACAAUGGAACUUACAUUGGUUGUCACACCUCAAAAAAUGCAGCUUCGGAAUUAUGCUGAAGAUGAAAAUGAAAUGAAGAAGACAGUGCGGACUGAACUAUGUCUGGAACCAGGGGAAUUUGACCAUUACAGCAUUUCUGUAGACACAUCCAUUACUUUCAGUUUAAGAGAGUUCAGAGCAUUGUUAAUGUUUGCUGAGGCUUUUAAUCUUCCUAUUGGAGCCAAUUUUGAAAUAGGAGGCAAGCCAGUUGUAUUUGUGGUUAAUAAUGCUCCAAUAUUUGAGUCCAAUUUUGUUUUUUCAACCUUAACGCCACUGUCGAACAACCAGUUGAAUACUUCACAACAGAGUGAUGAAAAUGCUCAGUGUACUAGUCGAGUGAUGAAGGGAACUGCUUUCAAGAAGUGUGAUAUGGCCCAUACUCCAAGCAAGAGGAAAGUAUCCCCAGUUCAUGCAGGGAAGAGCAGUAUUGAUUCAUCUGUGGCUGUUCCAGGACCAUCCAGGAGUCAUACAGGCCUUCAAGAACACCAUUACCAAGAUAUAAUUGAAAAUGUUAAUAAACUUUUACCCAGAUUCAGCAUUCAGGAAGACUGUGUUAAAGAAAAUGGCAGUGCAGAAGAUGCAGAAAACAGUGCUGAGGAAGAUGCAUUGCCCGGAACUCCGCCACCACCACCAGCAAAAAGGGCACGUUACAUAUUCAAACGCUGCUUUCAAGCUACUUUCAAUUCGCAGAUGUUACCAGGGUAUGAUGAAGUUAUUGCAGAAGACUCUGAUGAUGAAUCUAGCAAAAGAACGUGAUAUUGUGCAUAUUUCAUAGUGUGACUUACUUGCAUAUCCUUAAAGUGGAUAUUCUGUUGCCCACAGUACACAUAACUUAUGACUCAAAGAAGGAAAAGAACUUAGUCAAAAUGUGAUGUGAAUUUUAACUCCAGAAGGAAAUAUGAUGUUUCAGUCCCUACAGCCAAUGCAUAUUGAGCUCAUAGAUUCUACUCUGUUAUGGACUUGUCUGAUUUGUGACUAGAAAACAGAUAUGGUUGCCGUGUUAAACAGAGUGGUUUUCGGAGAGGCUACAAAGGGAGUGUUCCUGUCACCAUUCCACUUAAUUGACUCAAACUUUUACUUAAUUGUGAUUGUGACAUGCACAACAAAUUUUUUUUUUAUAUAUAAUAUACAAAAUAAGCUGUCUUUGACCAAAUUGGACAUACGAGUCAGAGAGAAAAAAUAAAAAUUGUUGUAACAUGAAAA